AUGGGCCCAUUAGAAAUUAAGCAGCUGCCGUUCGAAAGUGCCACAUACGGAUGGGGUGACCUUUUCGGCGGCCUUAACGAUGGCCUGCUGAGUCGCGCGGAGGCCCUUGCUGCCGUGGACAUCAGCAAGCACCAGUCCGGUCCGCAGCCGGGGCCACCGCUACCCCAGCUGAAGCACGACGUGGUCUACCAUCACGGAGUAGGUGGACCUCCGUCGCAUAAUGCACGGCCACAUCAGAUGGGCCAUCAUGGCAUGGAGGGUCUCGACAUGCUCGAUCCCUUGACUUCUUCGUCGAUGACCACGUUGGCGCCAAUGGGCGAGGCCGCGCCCCCACACCACCAGCUGCACGGCUACGGCGCGAUGAACCACGUGAUGAACCACCACCACCACGGCGGCGCUUUGUCCCACGGGCCGCCAGCGCACCUUGGCCAUCCCGCGGCGGCCCUUCACCCAGACACUGACACCGAUCCACGGGAACUGGAAGCGUUCGCAGAGCGUUUCAAGCAGCGGCGAAUCAAGCUUGGCGUCACGCAGGCGGACGUCGGCAAAGCGCUCGCAAACCUCAAACUACCGGGCGUAGGCGCUCUCUCCCAGAGCACGAUCUGUCGAUUCGAGAGCCUAACCCUCAGCCACAACAACAUGAUCGCCCUGAAGCCGAUCCUUCAGGCGUGGCUAGAAGAAGCCGAAGCGCAAGCCAAGAACAAAAGGCGAGACCCGGACGCGCCGAGCGUCCUGCCGGCCGGUGAGAAGAAAAGGAAGAGAACGUCGAUAGCUGCCCCCGAGAAGAGGAGUCUGGAGGCGUACUUCGCAGUCCAGCCGCGGCCGUCGGGCGAGAAAAUAGCAGCAAUCGCCGAGAAGCUGGACUUGAAAAAGAACGUUGUCCGGGUGUGGUUCUGCAACCAGCGGCAAAAACAGAAGCGGAUGAAAUUCGCAGCACAACAC